AAGGAGGAGGGAGGGGGAGUAAAAUCAGACCGUCACCUCUCCCACUCAAGCAUAUUAUUGGGAGAUGUGGACAGCCCUGUUCUGCUAACACAUGCAUGUCCUCUGAAAGCAAGGUGUCGGGUCAUUACUGAGAAGGGGGAGGAUAUCACAGACAGGACACAUGGCAGUGAGUCCGUAUCAAGCAGGGGCAAAAUGAAAGUUUAGCUGCGGAUGAUCUCCAGGCCAUUCAGUAUGGGUACAUCAACCGAGGUGCUUGUUUCAAUGGAAGAUGACUCUUCAUUAAACCCCCUGUGCUUCGAGUGCGGUCAGCAGCACUGGACACGAGAAAACCACCUGUACAAUUACCAGAACGAAGUUGAUGAUGACUUGGUUUGCCACAUUUGCCUUCAACCAUUGCUGCAGCCGUUGGACACCCCAUGCGGCCACACGUUCUGUUAUAAGUGCCUCAGGAACUUCUUACAGGAGAAGGACUUCUGUCCGCUGGAUCGAAAGCGCCUGCAUUUCAAGCUGUGCAAGAAAUCCAGCAUUCUGGUGCAUAAGUUGCUGGAUAAGCUUGUGGUUUCUUGUCCUUUUAACACCAAGUGUAAAGAGAUCAUGCAACGUUGCGAUGUUGAAGCCCAUCUAAAAAACAGGUGUCCUGGUGCAUCUCAUCGGAGAGAGGUACUGGACCAGCGACGGGUCAGCAAGCUGCAGAUAGAGAUUGAUAAUGUGCCGCCUGUGACUGACCAUCAAGGUGCAUUAUCACCAGACUCGGACAAAACAGGAAGUGGUACUGCACUGCUGGAGAGAAAUGUGACACCGACUGUCCUACCACUAUGGACUGAUGAUCAUGGAUUUGAUAACCCCGCCUUCGAGGAGAACACACUAGCUGACUCUAUACAUCCACCACCUAGCUUGCCUGAGGGAGAAAUUACUACAAUUGAAAUUCAAAGGUCCAAUCCAUAUAUUGAGUUGGGAAUCAGCAUUGUUGGUGGUAAUGAGACGCCUUUGAUCAAUAUUGUAAUUCAAGAAAUAUAUCGAGAUGGUGUCAUUGCCAGAGAUGGAAGACUACUAGCUGGUGACCAAAUACUUCAAGUUAAUAAUUUUGAUAUUAGCAAUGUGUCCCAUAACUAUGCGCGAGUUGUCCUAUCCCAGCCUUGCACUGUGUUACAUCUCACUGUGCUUCGUGAGCGACGAUUUGGGAGCAGACCCCAUCCUCACAUGGACAGUAGCUCACAGAGAGAUGAGAGUUUUCAUGUUACUCUGAAUAAGAGAGGCUCCAAUGAACAACUGGGUAUCAAGCUUGUGCGCAGAACAGAUGAAUCAGGAGUGUUUAUUUUGGAUCUCCUUGAGGGAGGUUUGGCUGCUCAAGAUGGUAGACUUCAUAGUAAUGAUCGAGUUCUAGCCAUCAACGGUCUUGACCUGAAACAUGGAACACCAGAACUUGCAGCUCAGAUUAUUCAGGGUAGCGGAGAACGAGUUCAUUUGACUGUGUCUCGAGCUGGGAAGCAUCACACUACAAACAUCCAUCGUGAUAUCGGUAAUAGCCAGAACCACCAACAACACGUGCAACAAGUAUAUCAUCACAGACCAAGUUCACACAAGGCAAAGGAUCUCAGCCAAUGCAUUAAAUGCCAAGAAAAGCAUACAACUGUAAAGAAAGAGCCGCACGAGUCACUGGGAAUGACUGUAGCAGGAGGCAGAGGAAGUAAAAGUGGGGAACUACCAAUAUUUGUCACAAGCGUGCAGCCCCAUGGAUGUCUUGCAAGAGACAGCAGAAUAAAACGAGGAGAUGUUCUUCUAAGUAUUAAUGGUAUUGACCUGACUAAUCUAAGUCACAGUGAAGCGGUAGCUAUGCUUAAGGCCAGUGCUGCUUCUUCAGUUGUCACUCUCAAAGCCCUUGAAGUGGAAGUUGUUGAGGAGCAACCUCAAAUGAACGAAGAAAUGAGCACAAUUAGUGAAAACGAAUAUGAUGCAAGUUGGUCUCCUUCAUGGGUCAUGUGGUUGGGACUUCCAAGUUACCUUCACAGCUGCCAUGAUGUGGUUUUGCGGAGGAGCAACUUGGGAAGUUGGGGAUUUAGUAUUGUUGGCGGUUAUGAGGAAAAUCACACAAACCAGCCUUUCUUCAUUAAAACGAUUGUGCUUGGGACGCCUGCUUAUUACGAUGGUCGACUAAAAUGCGGAGACAUGAUUGUUGCUGUCAAUGGGCUGUCUACUGUAGGAAUGAGCCAUUCUGCACUUGUACCAAUGCUUAAGGAACAGAGAAGCAAAGUAACGCUCAGUGUGAUCUCAUGGCCCGGAAGCCUUGUUUAAAUCUACUUGAUUUUUUUCUCCAUUGGUUUUGGGAUAGCUGGUUAAAAGCUGGGCCAAAUCACUGCAGCCAUUUUUAAUAUUUUUAUUGUCAGAACAUGCUUUUACCCAGCUGACUGGCAACUGUUUUCCAGUGAAACGGGGGCACGCCUUUGGGACAAUUCACACCUUUUCCCGUUUCCUACAUUUUGCCCUGUGUCAAGCUUGGGUUUUGCUCCAUCAUUUCCAUGCAGUUACCCAAGAUGAACAGAAGCUAUAAAUUGUACUUUGUGCAGUGCUCAAUAAUGUGAUCCGCCCAACAUAAAUAAAAUGUUACUGUCAAGAUUGUGCAAAGCCAUAUUUCACCUGUGCCAAUGUGUUAAGGCAUUUGGUAGCCCAUGCAUUGCUUUCAAUAAUAAAUGGUUUCCCAUUGUUAGGACACUAUCAUUUUUUAUGUAAAUGAAUCCCUUCUUGGCUGCAUUUAUAUGAAUGUUGUGCUGCUAUGGGGCUGCUAUUGGUUUACCUCAAAGGAACACUGCCAAUAACAGAUGCUAAAUUUGUUUAGAUCAUUUCACCCAACGGAAGGGGCCAAAGCCAAUUCUUAACAAAUAGGUUUUGUACUGUGCAAUAAUUGUUCUUUUUUUUUGUUGGGGGGGGGGCGGUCAGAAACAAAUUUAAUACAUAAAGUAGCCUGUAUAAAGAAGGGGGUUUUGUCACCUGUGUAUUUCAGGUUUACCUCCUGAAUGAAUGUUUUAUUAGUAAAAAAUAAUUUUUUUAUAUUUAUGCUGCAAGAUUUCUAUUAAAUUGUGUUAAAUGGUUGUGAACUUUCUUACUAAGCAUAUAUUUCAGUAGCUCAUAAAUUAAGAUAAAUCAUUUCAUAUUUGUUUUUUCGAAACCACCGACCAUACAACUUAACUGCUAUAGGUUUAAUUUUUUUUAACCGCAUGAACUUAUUUAUUUCUCAUGCAUAAUGCAUUUUGUUCUUUGAAUCUGAAUGUUUAAUAAUGGAUAUGAUUUAAAGUUUGACUUUGCAAUUCGUAAUAAAAUAUAAAUUUUUAGGUAUUAAAACCAGAUUUAGUCUCUAUAAAACAUUUCAUUGUAAAUUGUUUAUUUAAGCAUGAAUAUUUGUGAAUGAUGUAUUCCCGAGAAUAUUCAAAGCUUAUGUGAAAUAAAGCGUAUAAAUCCGUAAAAA